AUGGGGGCGUUGACGGAGGGGGGGGAGAAUACUUGGGGGGUGUUUCCUUAUGGGUUUGGGCCUUAUUCUGAUGGGAUUUUUUCGCAGAGUAAUUUUGGGAUUGUGACCAAGAUGGGGAUGACGCUGAUGCCAAAUCCCGGGGGGCAUGAGAGUUUUAUGGAAAUCAUCCGCCCCCUCCGCAUUUCCACCAUCCUCGAAAACGUCGCCCAGCUCCGCCACGUAACCCAAACCAUCGCCGCCUCUGGUCUCCCAAAAUCACACUUCUUCUCCGGCAGUGGCACCAUCCCCCCCGAAAUAAUCCACUCCGCCGCCGCCGCCUCCCCGGUAGGCGACCACACCUGGGCCUACUACGGCAUGUCCUACGGCGCGCCCCACAUCCGCUCCUACAAACUCGCCAUCAUCGACGCCGAGUUCAGCAAAAUCCCCGGCUGCCGCAAAAUCGACCCCUCCACCCUCCCCGAGGACGAAUAUUUCUGGUCCCGAGACAGAAUCGCCUCCGGAACACCCGACAUCCACGAACUCCGCUGGGUGAACUGGGCCCCCAACGGUGCUCACAUUGCCUUUUCCCCUGUCUCCCCCAUCCGUAGUGCUGAUGCUACGAAACUCUUCCAGCUGGGCAAGAGGAUUCAUGAAAAGUACGGGAUUGAUUUCAUGCCUGCUUUUAUUGUUGGACUGAGGGAGAUGCAUUUGAUUGUGGAGAUUGUUUUUGAUAGAGAUGACAGGGAGCAGAAGGAGAGGGCGUUGGGGUGUCUGAGGGAUAUGGUUGAUGAGGCUGCGAGGGAGGGGUACGGGGAGUAUAGGACGCAUUUGGUGCUGAUGGAUCAGGUGGCGGGUACGUAUGGGUGGGGUGGGGGGGCGCUGGGGAGGUUUAAUGAAAGGUUGAAGGAUGCGUUGGAUCCGAAUGGGAUAUUGGCGCCGGGGAGGUGUGGGAUUUGGGGGGGAAGGUAUAGAGGGCGGGGGUGGGAGAUGGGGAGGGGGAGUGAGAGGGGGAGCGAGGGAGACGGGGUUGGGGGGAGGGUGCUAUAA